GGGCGCCCCGAGGCUGCUGCACCCCACAACCCCCGGCCUCGCGGGGCGUGCCAUGCCCGGUGUCCUGGUGCCCCGGGCCGAGCCCAGCCGCGUGUCGGGGCCUGAGUGACGGCGACAGGAGGCGGUGGCACCCGGUGCUGGUCCCGGUCCCAGCCCCAGCCCCGCCGCAGGCCGCGCCGCGCCCCAGGUCUGCCAUGCUCGCCCUUCCCCUCCUCGUCCUCCUGGCCUCCGCCAGGGGAGGCCCAGCGGCCGGCCUGGCCCUCACAGCCCGCACGCUCUUCCCGUGCUACUCUGCUGACCUCAAGCCGGCGUCCGAGGUCCUCGUCUCAGCCAGCGGCUGCACCGUGCUCUUCAGCGUCGAGCCGCCGGCAGCCGGCACAACGGCGUCCUGGGAGUACGAAUCCGGCCCGCGCAAGGCGGUCAUCGCCACGUACGUUCCCAACAAGUCGGCCGAGAUCUCCGGCAUCUACGAGGGCCGCGUGAGCUUCAACGAGACGGACUUCUCGCUGCAGAUGGUGCUGCGGUGGUGGGACGGGGGGCUCUACCGCUUCCGCUCCGAGUCGGAGGCCACGGGCUGGUUCGAGCUGCGCGUGGUCGAGCCGCUCUCCGAGCCAGAAAUCCUGGGCAACUCAUCGGUGGAGGUGGGAGGCAACACCAAGCUUUUCUGCAACGUGUUGGAGGGGCAGGUGGACUUGUACUGGUGGAAGAGGAACGGGGAGCUGCUGAUGGAGAGCAACGGCCUCCACUUCGUCCACAACAACACGCUGGAGAUCCACCGAGCCUUGAUGAACGACACCGGCUACUACACGUGCAUAGUCAGCAACGCGGUCAGCCAGAACGAGACCUCCUUCCUGCUGCGCGUCCACAACAAUGACAAGGCGUUUUUCAUCAUCAUCCUGGUAUUCGUUUGCAUUGGCUUGCUGGCAGGGAUCUUCAACUGGUGCAGGUUGAGGAACAUCCCUGAUGAUGACUAUGAGUAAGGUGCUUUUAUUUCUGAAAAUUUAGCACUGGAAAGCCAGAGGUUUCAUUGUCCUCAGCAUUAACCCUAUGGAGAUACCUCUUUGGAGUGGAAGUGCAUCCAGGAGAGGGUCAAAUCACGUCCUAUGGUUAGGGCUACGCCAUCCUACACCAUUUUCAUGGUGAAAAUCCUAGCAGAAUUCUCUGAAGGGGGAGUUAAAGCUGACGUGCAGAAGAACAAAAUUUCAGUGAAGCUGUUUUCUUAAAAAAAAAAAGUUGGACAUUGUUUGGUGCUUGUUUGCAUUGCUGAAUGGUUCUGGCUGUGUUUGUGCUUGUUGCAUUGUGGCAGGAUGAGCUGGAAGGUGCAGCUGGGCUCUGCACGGCACAAGUCCUGGAAAUAUCCAGUGUAAAAUAGGUUGGCAGCAAAAUGUCAUCUCUAAACUGCAGGUUUUAAAGCACAAUUGAAAUAUUAAAGGAAGUGAAGCAAAUUGGAUGUAUUAGCCUAGUUUUCAGACUCAUUUUUAAGCUGUAUUACAAGUUGUUCAGUUCCCUGCAGUGCUUGCGGGUAUUCAGGACAGCCAAAUGUUACAGAAAAAAUAUAUUUUCAAAUUGUUUUGAGUGUUGUCUAUAAAUCGUUUGGGGAAAGUGUAGUUUUUCUUGUCUCUUGCUACAAAUCAAAGCGCACAC